AUGCACUACACCUCGCUCUACCCGCCGCCGCCGCCGACGCCCGUGAUGAACGUGCACGACUUCCUCGCCACGACGCCGGCGCAGCAGCGGGCGGAAGACUGGGUGCAGUUCGUCGAGCCGCUCUCCGGGCGGGAGUGGACGAGGAACGAGGUCCGGGACGGCGUGCGCGACGCCGCGACCGCGCUCGUCGCGCCGGAGGCGGAGGGCGGGUUCGGGAUCGCGCUCGGGGGAGAGCGCGUCGCGGUGAUGAGCACCAACUGUGUGGAAUACAUCAUCCUCGUGCACGCCCUCUUCAAGACCGCGAUCCCCCUCGUGCUCGUCCCCUCCGGCGCGACGCCGUUCGAGCUCGAGCACUUCCUCCGCACCUCCAACGCCACGCGCCUGUUCGUGCACGCGAGCUCCCUCGCCACCGCCCUCGGGGCCGCGGAGAAAGUGGGCCUGCCACAGACCCGCGUCGUCGUCCUCACGGGGCAGCUCUCGAGCAACCGUCCGGACUUCAUGUCCGCGGUCGACGAGGUCCGCUACCGGGACAUGCCCGCGGUGUCGUCGACGCCGGUCACGGACGACACGCUGCUCUACUUGGUGUUUUCCAGCGGGACGGGCGGGCUGCCGAAAGCGGUGAUGAUAUCGCACAAGAAUGUGAUAGCGAAGAUGGUGACAGCAGCGUGGGCCGUAGCGUUUGACGGACCACACCCGUAUUUCGCGACGAACCACGCGAUCGCCCUCGGCUUUUUACCCAUCUACCACAGCUAUGGUCUUCACUGCCUCUGCAUCCAGCCUCAGGCGUCGGUCUCCACCACCGUGCUCCUGCCGCGCUGGGAUCCAGCCCUCGUGUUCGACCUCAUUCCUCGCCACCGCAUAAACGUGCUGUACCUGACCCCGCCGGCAAUCUUGCACCUCUUGAACCACCCGCGCGUGAAGACAGCCGACCUCAGCUCUGUGAUCAACCUCGGGAGCGGGGCGUCGUACCUGCCUCCGCAGCUUGCGCGGAUCUUUACCGGGCUCGCGAAGAACGCGAAGCUCGUCGAGGGCUACGGCAUGUCUGAAACCACGCUCUCCAUCACCCGCCCAUGCCCCGAGAAGCUGGGGGGCCCCAAGUCCGGCAGCCCCGGGAUCCUCGUGCCCGGGCUGGAGGCCCGCAUCGUCCGCGACGACGGCACGCUCGUGGGCCCAGACGAGCCGGGCGAGCUCUGGGUGCGCGGGGACGUCGUCGCGCUCGGCUACUGGGGCGACGCGCGCUCGACGGCGGAGACCUUCACCGGCGGCGGCUGGCUGCGCACCGGGGACCGGAUCCGCGUCGACGCGGACCAGCACUUCUUCUUCGUCGAGCGCGUCAAGGACACCCUCAAGGUUUCCGGCCAGCAGGUCUCGCCCACUGAGCUCGAGGCCGUCCUCUUCGCGCACCCGGACCGACUCGUCGCGGACGUCGCGGUCGCGGGCGUCGCGGGCGCGCGGCUCGCGGACGAGAGGGUGCCGCGCGCAUGGGUCGUGCUGAGCGAGGAGGGGCGGCGGCACGGGGCCGCCGCGGCCGUGCGCGCGCUGGACGCGUGGGUCCGGCAGAGCCUCAGUCGGUUCAAGUGGCUGCGCGGGGGGAUCGAGGUCGUCGACGAGAUUCCGAAGAACCCGACGGGCAAAGUGCUGCGUCGCGUGCUGGUGCAGCGGUACGAGGAGCGGCAGAAGGCGCCUUCUGCAAAGCUGUGA